AGGAGCAGAGCCGUUCCAUUUCCGGAUUUUUUUAGCAUUUCUUAAUUAAUAGCCGCCCAGCUGUUUCCCUGUGUGAGUCGUGAAUGCGACCGCUGACAGCACUAAAAGCAAAGCAGUAUAAUCAGUACGUGGUACUGUACGACCCUACUGACCCGCACUCGCUCCGCCCCUUCAAAUUCGCGGAUUCCUAUUCAAACUGCGAUUGUUGUUAGUACAGAGGGGCGUAGAAGCUUAGAAUCCACGCCUUUCCUGGUCUGCAAACCAAUCGGGGGCCGCUCAGGUGCGCGGAGUAUGCUGGGUCGCUUGCGUAGCAACCGUUGCUAAGGGAAAGAAGUACCGAGAACAUGGUGAAGCAGGCGAUACGUAUCUUUGCGCGGGUCAAACCAAGCAGGAGGCCGGCGGGGAUCUAUUCCGUAAGCAACGAGGAAGCAAGUGCCUCUUCCUUGGAGAUUCUCGUUCCACGGGACCUUGCUGAUGGCUUUGUCAACAACAAGCGAGAAAGCUACAAGUUCAGAUUUCAAGAAACAUUCGACCAAGAUGUGAAACAAGACACGAUAUUUGAGCACAUUGCGAAACCGGUGGCCGAGAGCGUUCUUACAGGUUACAAUGGCACCGUAUUUGCGUACGGGCAGACGGGCAGCGGCAAGACCUUCACCAUCACUGGAGGAGCCGAGCGCUACGGUGACAGAGGAAUUAUCCCUCGGACUCUAUCGUACAUAUUUGAGCAGUUUCAGAAGGACAGCAGCAAAGUAUAUACACUUCAUGUGUCCUACCUGGAAAUCUACAAUGAGUGCGGCUAUGACCUGCUGGAUCCAAGGCACGAAGCUUCUAAACUGGAAGACCUCCCGAAAGUGACCAUCAUGGAAGAUCCUGAUCAAAACAUCCACUUAAAGAACCUUUCCCUUCAGCAAGCAAGCAAUGAGGAAGAGGCGCUAAAUCUUCUCUUUCUGGGCGACACAAACAGGAUGAUUGCGGAGACCCCUAUGAAUCAGGCCUCCACCCGCUCCCACUGCAUCUUCACUAUUCACGUUUCCAGCAAGGAGCCCGGAUCAGCCACCGUCCGACGUUCCAAGCUACAUCUGGUGGACUUGGCCGGGUCAGAACGAGUUGCCAAGACCGGAGUUGGAGGACAAUUACUUACAGAAGCCAAAUAUAUCAAUCUGUCACUUCAUUACCUGGAGCAGGUCAUUAUAGCUCUGGCAGAAAAGAACCGUUCCCAUAUACCAUAUCGAAACUCCAUGAUGACUUCUGUACUCAGAGACAGCCUAGGAGGCAACUGCAUGACCACCAUGAUUGCAACUCUAUCACUAGACAAGCGAAACAUUGAUGAAUCCAUUUCUACUUGCCGCUUUGCACAGAGAGUCGCCUUAAUCAAAAAUGAGGCCAUCCUUAACGAGGAGACUGACCCCCAGCUGAUAAUUGUUCGACUGAAAAAGGAGGUUCAGGGGCUGAAGGAUGAGUUGGCCCUGGUGACAGGAGAGCAGAGGACAGAAGAACUGACAGAGGCAGAGACUAUGAGACUGGAGGAACAAGUACGGACAUUCCUUGAAGACAGAGACCCAGAAAGCACCCUGAAUAUAGGAGCCGACAUGCGCAAGAUUCAGCACGGCUUUGCCUUUAUAAAGACGCUUCUGCAUGGAAAGAAGGUGGAUGAGAGCAGAGCUUCAUCUCCAGUGAAUGUGACUGAGAGACCCAGCAGUUCUGUAGCCCGGCCCGAGGAGAUCAAGAAGCUCCGAGACCUUCUGCAGCAGAGAGACAAUGAAAUAAAUAUCCUGGUAAACAUGCUAAAGAAGGAGAAGAAGAAGACUCAAGACGCAGUGUUUGAAAUGACAUCUUCUGGCUUUAAUGCCCCCACGCAGCACUCAGACAGCCGAGCACAGUUCCGAAGUUUAGACACAGGUCCCAAGUCGUCUGCGGGUGUAGAAGAUGACAACGGAUCUCAGGAAUGGAGGUCACAUUCUUUUCCCAGGAAAACAGCAGGAGAGGAAAUGUCUCUUGGACGGCAAGAAGCAUUUGAAAUCUUCAAGAGGGAUUAUCCUGACCGAGUCACAAUUGAGGAUAACAAAAGGCUCCUGAAACAGAGGUUCACAGAAGCAAAGUCUCUGGGAGAAGCAGUGAAUAAAGUGAGAACUAGAAUAAAUCACCUGAAAGGGGAUGUAGAACAACGAAGGAUCCAAAGGGCAGCAUUGGGCGUCUCCAGCUCCUCUGAUGAGCAGAACCAGUACGACCCGGUUGAGGAAGAACUACGAGAUCAGAUGGAGGAAGAGAAGAAACGAUACAAAACGCUCUUCAGCCGCCUCAAGAACCUGAAGACAGAGAUCGAGCACCUGCAGCUGCUUCUGGAAAAGGCAAAAGUGAAGCUGCAGAAAGACUUCGAGGGGUGGUGGGCUGAAGAGGAGGCACAUCUGCAGGCUAAACAGGAGGUGCACAAGGCAAGAAUGACCACAUCUGCCCCACCUUCCCCACAGGUGCACGACCAGAGCAGGGCUCCUCCGAUGUCAGACACUCCAAUUCCGUUGACUGGGGACAGCCAGACAGACGCAGAUAUCAUGGCCUUUGUCAGGGCACGGCAGAACCUUUUGCAAAGAAAAGGAUCGGGGAAGCCAUGAUGCAGGCUGUGCUGGAACUGCAGUUGGCGAGUAACAAUGUCUAGUUUACGGUGUGACACGGUAAUGGGACCCACAGAGCUCCAGCCAAUCAACCCGAGUCAUAACACCACCAUGUGCUCAUUAUGGGGAAACACUCAGAGCUACAGAAAGUGAGCACAGACACUAUCCCCCAUAUGUAAUAAAAUGCACUAAGUUUGCCCAGGAGCAGUAACCCACAGCAACCAAUAAGAUGUUUGCUUUUAAACAGGUGACCAGUAAAGGCCACCUGCUGAUUGGUUGCUAUGUGUUACUGCUCCUGGACAAAUUUAGUGUCUUUUAUUGCAUAACCCACUAUGUGCCUUAUUCUCUGGGGUCCUGGUGCCUAAAAACUCAAGCAGAACCAGAGAUUGCUCCAGUGAGCUGCUUUCCUAUUCAUUGACACUGUGUAUAUAAUGAUUCAGCUGCACAUGUUAUACUUGCUAUCUCAUUGCACACACACUCACUGUAUAUAUAUAUAAUGUGCAUCAACCGACUCUAAUAUUAUUAUGAUCCAUGCACUGUUUAUACUGUUUGCAAGUCGUGUAAAUAAUAUAAGUAUCUGACAUUUGUGAUGUCACAAUGUACAAUUAUACAGUUGUAACAUCACUCAUGUAUUUAUCAAGGUUUUAUAUUCCCACCAGAGGAUAUUUCUAACAGGUAUAAUGAAAUGAUGUUACAGGCUAAAGUUCCAAAAAGCGGAUUUUUUUUUUAUUGUAAAUAAAAAACUGAGAAUUCUGA